UGACUCGCGGCGCGAGUGCUGUCAUUGGAGGCUGGAGUCAGAGAAUUCUCGAAACAUGACAAAUUGUAUAAAAGGAACGUCUUCCACUGCUGUUUUCAGUUUAGCGAAGCCAAACAUCGGAGAAAAGCCUGGCGGAAGGUCGAGAAAAAGAAAACACGAAAAGAACUUACUACUAAUUUCUGCCACACACACCAAUAAUUAAGAUGUCUUCUGCAAAAGGAGUGUCAAUCGGGAUUGAUCUGGGAACCACCUACUCCUGCGUGGGUGUGUUUCAGCAUGGAAAGGUGGAAAUCAUUGCCAACGACCAGGGCAACAGAACCACCCCCAGCUAUGUAGCCUUCACAGAUACCGAGAGGCUCAUUGGAGAUGCUGCCAAGAACCAGGUGGCCAUGAACCCCAACAACACAGUCUUUGAUGCCAAGCGGCUGAUUGGCAGAAGGUUCGACGAUGCCGUUGUGCAGUCUGAUAUGAAGCAUUGGCCCUUCAGGGUGGUCAGUGAUGGGGGGAAGCCCAAAGUUCAAGUUGAAUACAAAGGAGAGUCCAAAACGUUCUAUCCUGAAGAAAUCUCCUCUAUGGUGCUGGUGAAAAUGAAGGAGAUCGCUGAAGCGUACCUGGGGCAGAAAAUCUCAAACGCAGUCAUCACUGUGCCAGCGUAUUUCAACGACUCUCAGCGCCAGGCCACCAAGGACGCGGGCGUGAUCUCAGGGCUCAAUGUGCUGCGGAUCAUCAACGAGCCCACGGCAGCCGCCAUCGCCUACGGCCUGGACAAAGGCAAGAGAGGGGAGCGCAACGUCCUGAUCUUCGACCUGGGCGGAGGCACCUUCGACGUGUCCAUCUUGACUAUUGAAGACGGGAUCUUUGAGGUGAAGGCCACAGCCGGUGACACGCACCUGGGCGGGGAAGACUUUGACAACCGCAUGGUCGACCACUUUGUGGAGGAAUUCAAGAGGAAGUACAAGAAGGACAUCAGCCAGAACAAGAGGGCGCUGAGGAGGCUGCGAACAGCCUGCGAGAGGGCCAAGAGAACCUUGUCCUCCAGCUCCCAGGCCAGCAUCGAGAUCGACUCUCUCUACGAGGGUGCGGACUUCUACACUUCCAUCACCAGGGCGCGCUUUGAGGAGAUGAACUCUGACCUCUUCAGGGGCACACUGGAGCCUGUCGAGAAAGCCCUCAGAGAUGCCAAAAUGGACAAGUCGCAGGUCCAGGAUAUUGUUCUGGUGGGAGGGUCAACUCGAAUUCCUAAGAUCCAGAAGCUCCUGCAGGAUUUCUUCAAUGGCAAAGAGCUGAACAAGAACAUCAACCCAGAUGAAGCAGUGGCCUAUGGGGCAGCCGUUCAGGGCGCCAUCCUCAUGGGCGACACUUCCAACAAUGUUCAGGAUCUGCUGCUGCUGGAUGUGGCGCCGCUGUCUCUGGGCAUCGAGACGGCAGGAGGAGUCAUGACCCCGCUCAUCAAGCGCAACACGACCAUCCCUACCAAACAGACCCAGACCUUCACCACGUACUCUGACAACCAGCCCGGAGUGUUGAUCCAGGUGUACGAAGGAGAACGGGCCAUGACCAAAGACAACAACCUGCUGGGCAAGUUUGAGCUUUCCGGCAUCCCUCCGGCCCCACGCGGGGUCCCGCAGAUCGAGGUCACCUUUGACAUUGACGCAAACGGCAUUCUGAACGUGUCGGCGGCCGACAAGAGCACGGGCAAGGAGAACAAGAUCACCAUCACCAAUGACAAGGGUCGGCUGAGCAAAGACGACAUUGAGAGGAUGGUGCAGGAGGCCGAUAAGUACAAGGCUGAGGACGACCUCCAGAGGGAGAAGAUCGCCGCCAAGAACGCUCUGGAGUCCUACGCCUUCAACAUGAAGGCCGCCGUGCAGGAGGACAACCUGCAGGGCAAGAUUAGCGAGGACGACAAGAAGAACGUCCUGGAGAAGUGCAAACAGGCCCUCAGCUGGCUGGAGCAAAACCAGCUGGCUGAAAAGGAGGAGUACGAACACCAGCUGAAAGAGCUGGAGAAAGUGUGUAAGCCCGUCGUCACCAAGCUGUACCAGGGAGGCACGCCUGCAGGAGGCGCUGGAGGCCAGGGGCAGUCCAGUACAGGGUCCAGCGCUAAAGGACCCACCAUCGAGGAGGUGGAUUAAAGGAGCCAAACUGCUGAAUGCUGGUGUCUGCAGAACCUGGCCUGAAGCAAACGAACUAUAAAAACAUUGUUUGGUGAUGGAUUUUCAAACUAUGUUUGUUGAAAUGGUGUUUGUCCCUUACUGUUGUUCACGUUUCGUGCAGGUGCCAAUAUUUUCUUACAAAGCAUGUAUUUCGGUGGGGUAUCUUGCCAAUUGUUUUCUCAUGCAAAAUUCCUUUCAUGUUGCAUUCCAAUAAUUUCCUAAAAUGCAGCAUUUUUUAAAAAUAAGAAUGCUCAGAUGUUACAAUGUUUUAUUUUCAAUACUUGUUUGCAUUUACCUUUUUGUAAGCGGGGCGUUGGGUACUGGUAAUAAACAAUUUAAAAUCUAA